AUGCAGACCUUUCUGAAAGGGAAGAGAGUUGGCUACUGGCUGAGCGAGAAGAAAAUCAAGAAGCUGAAUUUCCAGGCCUUCGCCGAGCUGUGCAGGAAGCGGGGAGUGGAAACCACCCAACUGAACCUUAGCCGGCCAAUUGAGGAACAAGGCCCCCUGGACGUCAUCAUCCACAAGCUGACGGAUGUCAUCCUUGAAGCCGACCAGAAUGACAGCCAGUCCCUGGAGCUGGUACAUAGGUUCCAGGAAUACAUCGAUGCGCACCCUGAGACCAUUGUCCUGGACCCCCUUCCUGCCAUCAGGACCCUGCUUGACCGCUCCAAGUCCUAUGAACUCAUCCGGAAGAUCGAGGCCUACAUGAAAGAUGACAGGAUCUGCUCGCCACCCUUCAUGGAGCUCACCAGCCUGUGCGGAGACGACACCAUGAGGCUCCUGGAGAAGAACGGCCUGGCAUUCCCCUUCAUUUGCAAAACCAGAGUGGCUCAUGGCACCAACUCUCAUGAGAUGGCCAUCGUGUUCAACCAGGAGGGCCUGAGUGCCAUCCAGCCACCCUGUGUGGUCCAGAACUUCAUCAACCACAACGCUGUUUUGUACAAGGUGUUUGUGGUGGGCGAGUCCUACACCGUGGUCCAGAGGCCCUCGCUGAAGAACUUCUCUGCCGGCACGUCAGACCGCGAGUCCAUCUUCUUCAACAGCCACAACGUGUCAAAGCCGGAGUCUUCAUCGGUCCUGACCGCGCUGGACAAGAUUGAGGGCGUGUUUGAGCGGCCGAGUGACGAGGUCAUCCGGGAGCUGUCCCGGGCCCUUCGGCAGGCGCUGGGUGUGUCGCUGUUUGGGAUCGACAUCAUCAUCAAUAACCAGACGGGGCAGCACGCUGUUAUCGACAUCAACGCCUUCCCAGGCUAUGAGGGCGUCAGCGAGUUCUUCACAGACCUCCUGAACCACGUGGCCACCGUCCUGCAGGGCCAGAGUGCAGCCGCGGCAGCCGCGGGGGACGUGGCCCCACUGAGGCACAGCAGGCUCCUGGCAGAGCAGGCGGGCAGCCUGGCGGGCGAGCGGACGUGCAGCGCCAGCCCGGGCUGCUGCAGCAGCAUGAUGGGCCAGGACCCACCCUGGGCGUCGGAGGCCGAUGCGGGCGGCGUGGGCACGGGCAGCACCGCCAAGCUGCCCCACCAGAGACUCGGUUGCACCGCGGCGGUAUCUCCCAGCUUCCAGCAGCACUGCGUGGCCUCACUGGCCACUAAGGCCUCCUCCCAGUAG